CGUACAUGGGCAACACACGAUUGGAUGGUUUUAGUGACCCUCGACGUUAUGUGCUCUCGCUGCCGCGGGUGUCCCCUCCUCUGUAUGUCUGCCCGCUCAACUGUCCUUGGUCCGAUUCACCGCUUCCAUAUAUGCUGGCUAAUCAUUCCCCUGUGACCUUCGCAGCACUGGCCCGAAAGUAUGCACAAUACCCCAUAUUCCUUUUUGGAGGCAGCCAGCUUCCAGAAACGACCCUCCCCGCCAACAUGUUUCUCGUUCGGCGACACCGGAUUCCAAGCAUACAUCCACGGAUCGAUGCCGAUCAAUGGCAACCAGUUGCACUGUUACUGAGCCAGAGAGCGCGGGAAUCGAUCGACUGAGGUUUUCUUCUUUUUUUGCCCCCGACUUGCAAGGUUCACUCACGCUCUGCGAGACCCCUUAUCACGAUCACAUUGCCGUCCUCGAACCCCGAGUUUCUGCUCUACGUAGCACGGUAGAAGGAUCCGAACAAGAAAAUGAACAUCCCCACUCUCUGGUCCCAGAGACCGUCAGCGUCGUCGUUGGCGAGGUAACAACCUCCAAAUCGCGAGCGUCUUCAUUCGGUUCUUUAACUUCUUCUUCAUCCGAAUGUUCCAUUCCAGGAAGUCAUACCCUGGGAGGUCACACCUCUAUCUAUUCAUCACCUCGCGUAAUCUUUUCUGACAGAGCCUGGGAGCCUGGGUGCCGUGCACCAAGAUUUCGUCUUGUGCGGGAAGACCAGGAGUCAUCCUGCGAUUCAAAUUCUGAUGACGAUUCUCUGACUGGUUCGGAAAGAGGCUUGAGCGAUUCGUCUGUCUCUGAGACUCCAAGCACCCCUGCUUCUGCAUACCUCGACCUCUACAAUCCACACGCUACUUAUCAACGCACUUGGCUCAAUUCUCGCCCUCCGUCACUUUACAAUGAGCAUCUCGAUGCCAGUUCCCACUAUUUGGACAAGCUGCCAGAGAAUCUUGAACGUAGUGCUUAUUCAGGAAGGACGAUCCCACCUGCGGAGACCAGUUUUGAACGCCCCCUAAUCUCGCGUCACAGGCCAUCACGAAGCUGGUCCUCGACAACUAUCGUCCCAUCGGAGGCACCUUCCUCGCCUGUAUCUAUCAAACGUAAACGACUCAAUUCAUUGGAUAGCUUGCCCCCUCCGCCCGAGAAGAAACCUCGCCUGAAACAACGCCCCGCUUCCCGGAAGUUGGUGCCUCCGACUGUGGCGACUACGUCCUCUACUUCGUUCUUUCCUGACAACAUUCCAACCACGACGCAUGCGCCACGCCGAACAUCAGUCCCGCAGCUGACUAUAGAAAAACAGCGAACAUUCCCCUCCUACGUAUCCAUUCAUCCCGCCUUUCCUCUCUUUUAUCGUCAGUUCCCUAUCUCUUCAUAUUUCGCACCUACGGACAGCUUGAGGAAGUUUGUAUUUCCUGGAGAUGGUCCAAGCGGUAUCACUCGCUUUACGUUCAACCCGCCCGCCGGUCCCAUGGACCUGUAUACACCCCGAUUCGUCAAAGGAUCCGGCAGCGAGAAGGUUGGACUCUGCCCCGUCUGUGUCGAGCCUGUUUCCCGUGGUGGGGAGGGCACAAAAGUAAUACUAAAAACCAAGGUGUCUGCAUACAAUUAUCAUCUCCAAUAUUACCACGGUAUUUCAUCCAAAACCGGCGCUCCUUUCUCGCCGCCCGUCGACUUCCGAACAACUCCUCGGCCUGGCUCAGGUGCGAAGGAACGAAAGGAAAUCAUUGAAGGAUUGUGCCAUAAAUGCGAAAAAUGGAUCCCUCUUCAGGGCGUUAAAAAUGUCGAGGUUAUUGUCAAAGAACUUGCUUGGUGGAAGCAUGCUGCAUUCUGCCACAAGGCUACGAUCAUCCCCGGUGAACGUGAUGCCUUCAUCGAAGACGACAUUUACAAACGCGUCCAGGAAUUCCUCAGAGGCGAUCAAACAGCCUUCGGACCUGCUGACGCCGAACCUUCCCUUAUUGACAUUGAUGACAACUAAACUGUUUGUACACGCGUUUUUCUUUCAUGGAUUUCCGGCUGUAUCUACUUGUUUGUAUACUUGUAUACUCUUGUGUUUCUCCUGGCAGCAUUUUUCACUUCAUAGUUUACACAAAAAACUCACACGCACACGGUUUUUCAUUGUAGCAUAGUGUUUCUUUCUAUGUUUGCGUCUUCAUCGAAGCCAAAUGUAUAUACUCGAUGUUGUUAAAUAGCUUCUAACCCAAUUCUAGAUUUCACUUCCUGU